AUGGAAAUCUAUUCGAAACCAAACAAACCUUUCAUUGUUGAUGAAGCUACCUGGGUUCAAUGCAGCGGAGUUCUCCCAUUCGUUCCCGACGUUAAUUCGCGUGUUUACUACUUUCCCCAAGGUCAUUUGGAGAGUAUGUGUAUCAGCUCUCAACAGUCUUCAAUCAAUGAAGCUCGUCCAUUCUUGUGUGAGAUCGUGAAGAUUUCCUAUCUUGCGGACGCAUACACGGAAGAAAUGUACUCCAACAUCACUCUCAAACCCAUUCGUGAAGAUGAAACCGUUUUGGAUAAAUUUCACAUUCGCAACGAUCUUGAUGAUGAUUUUUUUGGGAAAGAAAUAUUUCAGAGCCAUAUAGACGAUCGACUCUUCAUCCCUGUGGCUAACAAUGGUAUUAUUGAAGGGUUUAACGGUAACUCGCUAACCUUGGUGGAUGUUGCAAACAAGAAGUGGUCAGUGAAAUGUAAAUUCUCAACUGCAAAGAACGGAUACAAUCUGUCCGGGAACUGGAACACGAUGUGUCAGGAAAAGAAAAUAGCUGCUGGCGAUACUGUAUUCUUUACUAGGACUGGUGAUGGUGACGAUCUCUCUGUCUCUUUCAGAAAGAAGGGGAAUUUUUCGGCGUUCGCCUACACACAUUCACGGUCUCAGAAACGUUUCAAAAAGGAGGUUUCGAAGGCGGUUGCUCGUGCACAGAAUGAUAGCACUUUCAAGGUCAGGUUCUACCCUAACUGGGUAGACUUCUUGGUCGAUCCGGAUUUUCUUUUCAAUUCUAAUAAAAAUCUUAUGACCUCUGAUUUGAAAAUCCAAAAACGGAAUUCUUCAAAGUUGUUUGGGAACUUAAGGACUGGAAAAUUGUCAGGAGCUGUGUCCGCAGUAGAUGAUUUAAGCUGGAGGGCUGCCCAGGUUAUUUGGGAUAAUGAUGGCAGUCAAAUUUUAGUUAAUUCUUGGGAUGUAGUUCCAUCCGAUUAG